AAAAUGGCCGACGCACAAGUUACUCUGCGCACUCGCAAGUUCAUCCGUAACCCCCUGCUUGCCCGCAAGCAGAUGGUCGUUGAUGUCCUCCACCCCAACCGUCCCAACGUCUCCAAGGAUGAGCUCCGCGCUAAGCUCUCCGAGCUCUACAAGGCCGACAAGGACCAGGUCUCCGUCUUCGGUUUCCGCACCCAGUACGGUGGUGGCAAGUCCACUGGCUUCGCUCUCAUCUACGACUCCAACGAGGCCAUGAAGAAGUUCGAGCCCCACUACCGUCUUGUCCGUGUCGGCAUGGCCACCAAGAUCGAGAAGGCUUCUCGCCAGCAGCGUACGUUUUGA